CUAUUUACAUCUCCCAAGUCCCAACCGGAUCGAACCAAAAUCCCAAAACCGAAGGGAAACAUAGCAGCCGGCUAAGGUUUCUCCCCCCUGCCGCGCCGCGCCGCCUCCCUCCAACGCCAUGGAUGCGCAGCGAGCUCUCCUCGACGAGCUCAUGGGCACAGCCCGCGACCUGACGGAGGAGGAGAGGAAGGCGCACAAGGAGGUGAGGUGGGACGACCCGGACGUGUGCGCCGCCUUCAUGGCCCGCUUCUGCCCCCACGACCUCUUCGUCAACACCAAGAGCAACCUCGGGCCGUGCAUGAAGAUCCAUGAUCUGAAGCUUAAGGAGAGCUUUGAGAGUUCUCCCAGGCGUGAAACUCACAUGCGAAGGUUUGAGGCGGAACUUGCUCAACAAUGUGAGAAACUGGUUAUAGAUUUGGAUAGAAAAAUAAGGCGUGGUCGAGAAAGGUUGGCUCAAGAUGUUGCUGUGCCACCUCCCGUCAUAGGGAAAACAUCUGAGCAGCUUUCAAUUAUAGAAGAAAAGGUCAAGAAGCUGUUGGAGCAAAUUGAGGAGCUUGGUGAAGCUGGUAAAGUAGAUGAAGCUGAGGCACUUAUGAGGAAGGUUGAACUUCUAAAUGCUGAGAAGACAGCUUUAACGAAUCAAGCAGAUAAUAAAGUGGCUAUGCUUCCACAAGAGAAGAAGAUGGAACUUUGUGAAAUAUGUGGAUCAUUCUUAGUUGCAGAUGAUGUUCUUGAGAGGACACAAUCCCAUGUGACUGGGAAACAACAUAUUGGCUAUGGUUUGGUCAGAGAUUUUCUAGCUGAACACAAGGCUGCAAAAGAGAAGGCAAGAGACGAAGAGAGGAUUGCAAGGGAGAAGAAAGCAGAAGAACGUAGGAAACAGAGGGAAAAAGAGUAUGAUGUUGGAGGCAGGGACGGUGGUUCUAGAAGAGAGAAGUCUGGGGAUCGUGACUAUGACCGUGAUCGUUACUAUGACCGCAAUCGUGGAAGAGAAAGGUCUCAUGAUCACAGAGAUAGAGGAUCAGAAUAUAGAAGCAGUUCCUACAGAAAUGGUAGGGAUUCUGAAAGAGACAGACACCGAUAUAGGAGUGAUGACAUGAGAAAGGACAGGAGUAGAGUGAGGAGCAGGUCUCGUUCUCCAAGCAGGCAUGGCCCAGAUCAGUGAACAUAUAGAUAGUUUUAUUCCGAGUUAAAACUCAUGAGGUAGACCAUUAUGUCCCUUUCGCCAUUUAACCUGUUGUACAAAUGAGUUUUGCGAUGUGUUGCGCUUGUUGAAUCUCUGUUCUGCUGUAACAGCUCUGUUGGGACCCUACAGUCUUCCUUUUAGAGGGGAAAAAAUAUCAGGUAGGUAUUGUUUACCUUUCCUAGUAUUUUGAGUUACCUAUAUUAACAUACAGUGAGGUUUUGUUUCAACAUUUGAAACUGAAAAUUAGUCUAAUAAAGCUGAAAGCGUACAACAACGCUAGUAUUGGACUGCAAAUCUGGAUAUGCAGACACGUUCAGGUUCAGCCCUAUUAAAGGUAACUGAUCAUUAGUGUGCUAUGUCAUGUGUUGCAUGUUACCUAUCUUGCCAUAUUCCCCUUUAUGAAAAUUACACGAACAUUUUGGAUAUGGUUAUGUUUAGUUGCCUUCAUGCUAGGUUCGAUUUUUGCCCUAAUUUCCAAGUCAUUCGCUAGGUUUCAUUCAAUUUCUUGCGACAUUUAUGCAACAUUUUGAGUUAAAAACUGCAGGACUUAAGAACCAGCGUCUUCUUUCCUAAAGAUUCAGUGCUCAUGGACAGUUUAUUCUCUCUCGAAUCACAGUGCUUUCGUUAUGACUGAUGAUAGAUCUGCCGAAUGUUUGGCUUCAGUUGCCUUGCUUGGUUUCAUCAUGUCAACAUAAGGUCAACUGAUGUUAUUAUGAUCGUUUCACAUUACAAUUCAAUCAUGUACUGCUUGAUCUGUUUUGCGUAGCUUGCAUGUAUGUCAUCUGGUGCGAGGGUGGGGAUCUCAUAGCAAAUGAUGAUUUCUUCAAGAAAGCAUUUCCGAAACAUGCUUUGCAGGAUACACCCAAAAAAAAUCGUUGUUCUUGAACGGUAACCUCUGCCUUCCUCUCAUAAUAACUGUUAUGUUAAGAGAACAAAGGAACAAUUAGUUUCUGUUGAGACUUGAAAUCAUAGAACAAUGACCUGUGCAUCUGUAGAAUUAGGAAUGAGGAUAAUUGUAUGGUAUGAGGAGAAAGGAACACUUAAUUUCUAUUGAGACUUGAAAUCAUAGAAUGGAUCUGUUGAACGAGGAACGAGAAUAAUUGUAUGUUUAAAGAGGAAAAAAUAACACUUGAUUUCUCUCGAUACUUGAAAUAAAUCAUGGAGCAAUUGAGAUA